AUGAGUUCAAAGAUAACCAUCAUCAGUGAUCUUGAUCAACUGAAGGUGGAUCUCCAUGCUGAUAAGCAUCCAUCUAAGACCAUCAUUGAGAACAAUGCGCUCUCUGAAAGUGUCUGGCGUGUAGACAAUGAUCAGUCAUCUGCCGAGAUCACUUCGAAAGACGGUAGCGUAAAGUACCUCGUCCGAGGAGAACUUGUCGUCAAGGACCAGGUAUCGAGCAGUAGCCAGACUGCUAAAGCUCCCUGCGUCAUCCUGAUCCCGAAAGGCUCUCAGGUAUCGACCACCCAAUCCGAAGACUGCAAGAUUAUUCAUAUAAAUUCAAGUGCUGCAGAUCAGCUCCUAUCGAGAUAUGGAGACUAUGAAAAACGGCUGGAGGAGCUUAUAGAUCGAUUCAUAGCCGCAAACCCAACAUCCGAAGCCAAUGCAAAGCGCGCAACCUCGGCCCUGCCUGGAGGCAACACGAGGACCGUGCUGCACUCUAGCCCAUUCCCUUUGAUCAUCAAAUCAGGACAGGGUUGCUCCGUCACGUCGGCCGAGGGUGUAGAUUAUGUCGAUCUCAUAUCCGAGUACUCGGCGUGCAUGUUUGGCCAUUCGCACCCGGCGAUUCUUGACGCCAUCCAGCGAGCUGCAUCCAUCGGUAUUAACUUGAGCGGCGUGACAGAGUAUGAGGUCCAGUUUGCUGAGCUGGUCAAGAAGCGGUUCCCCAGCAUGGAGCUCAUGCGUUUCUGUAAUUCGGGUACCGAAGCCAACACCAUGGCUCUCGCGGCGGCGUUACAUUACACCAAGAAAAGAAAGGUCUUGGUAUUUCUCGGUGGCUACCACGGCGGCACGCUCGCUUUUGCGAAAGAGCAUGAUCCCGUCAGACUGCCUCAUGAGUUCGUCAUUGGCACGUACAACGACGUCGAAGGUACGCGCAAGUUGAUGGACUCAAGCAUUGGUGCCAUUCUUGUCGAGCCCAUGAAAUCGGCUGGAGGCAUGAUCCCCGGCACUCGGGAAUUCCUGUCCUAUCUUCGCGAGGCGGCGACGGCUUGCGGCGCCGUACUGAUCUUUGACGAAGUUGUCACCUCGCGUUUGCACUACCACGGACUACAGGGCUACCAUGAUAUUACCCCGGAUAUGACCACCUUGGGCAAAUACAUCGGUGGAGGAUUCGCAUUCGGUGCGUUUGGCGGGCGCCAAGAGAUCAUGGCCACAUUUGAUCCAGCGUCGCCUUCUGCGAUCAGCCAUUCGGGUACCUACAACAAUAAUAUCUUUACAAUGAUUGCAGGCAUCGCAGGAUGCCACAUCUUGGGCACAGAGGAAAUUUCGCGGACCAAUGAGUUGGGGGAUUUACUUCGCGACGGAAUCAAUGAGGCAGUCACAUCUCGAGGAUCCAAGGCGAUUUGGGCCACGGGCCACGGCAGUGCUAUUGGUUUGCAUUUCGAGAGUGAAAUUGUCAAGGACUGCUUCUACUUUGAAUUACUCGAGCGAAAGAUCAUGAUUGGAAGACGAGGCUUUACGAGCUUGAAUAUCAUGCACAAGAAGGAGCAUAUGGAACAGGUACUGGAGGUUAUCGUUUCGCUGCUGGAUCGAUAUGAUACUUACAGCACGAGUAAAUGA